CUUACUGCAAUUGAAAAUCGACUUUCCCACCACUUCUUGGCCCUAGAUACACACUUAGAGGCUCUCAGGAGCAGGUGAGCGCCUGCAGUUUAACUCGCACUGACUGCAUUAACCGCAUUCUCUUUAAAGUUAUAAAACAAUAAACUUUAUAAUCCCAGUUCCGGCUUUAUGACAUUUGGUUGGCAAAUGAAUAGGGUUUUGUCUAUGAAUUAGAUCGUAAAAUCACCCUUAGCACAGACAGAUAGGCUCACUGGCUAUAAAACGUCACGUGGUGCCAUUAAAAUAAGUUUUAUGGUUUUGGGGAGUUGACAUCCAAUAGUUUAUGCCACAUAACAUAUAAUCUAGCAGACGAUGGACUUCAUUUGACUUUUUUCAGACAACAUAUGCGAUAUGGCAUUACAGCUGGCAACUUGUCCCUUAAAGAGGAUUGGCCACCCUUUAAGCACAGGAGCCCCUGUAGAAAACAUACUUUUCCCACUGUGAGGAUUUACCCUAAGUAACGCUACAGGAAUUGGGACAUUCCUUAAUAAAGAAUACAAAGCGAGUCUUGCUUGUAACCCUGGGUCAACCGAAGAGGCCAUUGGAGGAGGAUCGUCACGUGACAGCGUGGUGCCAAUGUUCUCUCUCAGGGUGUCAAGACCCUGUCAGUUUGCGAAAUAAAUUUUGGGAAACAACGAGAUGCAAAAAACGACCUACUACGACAGUUCUGCAAUAUACAGUGGGUACUCAUACCAAGGAGCAAAUGGUUACACUUACAAUGCUAGUCAACAACAAUAUCCGCCUUCUUCUGCUCAAGUGGAAACUGACUACCAUAGACCAGCCUGCUCUUUACAAUCUCCAGCAAGCAAUGUAUCCCAUCAGAAAUCACUUGACAUUAACGAAACUUGUUUGCGGACGAGUAAUCAUUCCACUCAGCCCCAAGUUAUUCCAGAGCAGCAGCCGCAGUCUCAGGCACAUCAAGCGCAAGUGCCUACAGCCCCAGUGUCACCACCCCUGAAUGGCAGCAGCAACUGCAACCAAUCGAACACAAACAAGAACCCCACUAUUUCCUCACCCACUGUGGCCUGCAAGCAAAUUUUUCCAUGGAUGAAAGAAUCCCGUCAAAAUUCCAAGCAGAAAGCCGGCAGUUCCAGUUCAGGCGAGAGUUGUGCUGGAGACAAAAGCCCUCCUGGUCCUUCAUCCUCCAAAAGGGCACGCACAGCCUACACCAGUGCUCAGUUGGUAGAACUGGAAAAGGAAUUCCACUUCAACAGAUAUCUCUGUAGGCCAAGAAGAGUUGAAAUGGCAAAUUUGCUCAACCUCACAGAAAGACAAAUUAAGAUCUGGUUUCAAAACCGCAGGAUGAAGUAUAAAAAGGACCAAAAGGGAAAAGGCAUGAUGACAUCUUCCGGAGGACAGUCCCCCAGCAGAAGUCCAAUUCCAGCACCAACUGCAGGAGGAUAUCUAAACUCUAUGCAUUCUCUGGUCAACAGUGUUCCGUAUGAGCCUCAGUCGCCGCCAUCUUUUAACAAACAUCAUCAAAAUACUUAUGGUAUGCCUCCGUCAUAUCCUGCUCCUCUAAGCAAUUGUCCACCUUCUCAGAAGAGGUAUCCCGGGACAGCUGCUGCUAUUAAUCCUGAAUAUGACACUCACGCUCUUCAAGGCAACGGUACUUACGGAAAUCCGCAUUUACAAGGAAGCCCCGUUUAUGUGGGAGGUAACUAUGUGGAUACCAUGACUAAUUCGGGGCCUUCUAUUUUUGGAUUGACUCAUCUUGCGCAUCCUUCUUCAAACAUGGACUACAGUGGCGCUGGCACUAUGGCCAGUAAUCACCAUCAUGGAACAUGUGAUCCACACCCAACAUAUACAGAUCUUACAUCUCAACAUGCUUCUCAGGGACGAAUUCAGGAAGCACCCAAAUUAACUCAUCUGUAAUAGAUGUGUUGGUUGUGAUUUCCAACAGUAGAUUCACAUUCUUUACGGUCCUCUAUUUUAGUAUGCAUUUUUAUACAUAUAUAUAUAUAUUAUGUGAGGUUGUAGCAAUAUUGGUUGCUUGAAUUGCUCCAUAGCUCUGUUAGUGUUAUAUAAUCUCGAACACCAGCCAAUGAACUUCUCUUUGGAUUACCUGGGAUUCUGGGAUUUAUAUAGGGACUUCUAUCAUUUGUAUUGAAAACAGGGUAUUAUGAACAAAUUUUCUAAAAAUAUAUAAAUGUAAAUUUGUUCGUACUUUUAUGUAUCCCACAGGGAAGCAUUUAAUAGAUUAUAUUGCACUUCUUAUGUUUGUAACAGUAACAAAUAACAGGUGCUUGAAUGGGGCCCUGGAGAGUUAUGAAUAUUUGUAAGUCUUGAAAUGUGUGUAUGCCGGUGAACAUUCAAAUUUAUUUAUUUGUCAAAACUGAAUAUUAUAAGUGUUCUAAAAUAUUAUUUAUCCCCAUCUGUUCAUAUUUAUAUGCAAUUCGUUCCUGGACUGUUCAGGAGGUUGGUUAUUAGCCUUCUAGAUUAAGUCGUUUGGAGGACGGGAAAUUGUAUCCCACAUAAAUGCAAAAUAUUUUAAUGGUACCUUGGUUUCAACAAUAAAAGGGUGAAAAUGUAUAUUCAGUCAAAUACACUAUGCUUUCAAAAAGUAUGGCAGUUAAUAUUGACAAUAUAUAAUCACAAAAAAGUUAAAUUGUGUUUUUGCUACCGAAGUAUAUAGUCUAUGCUGCUCUUUUAUUUAUUAUUUUUAAGAAAAACAAACCAUUUUAUAUACUGAAAAAUCAGUUGUGAAGAAAAUAUUUGUUUGAGGUAUUAAUAAAAUGGUUUGAAAUAAGUUUUGAAAUUCACAAAGCACUGAAGAUGUUGAUGUAUUUCAAAAUGUGGAGCAUUCACUUGCUCAUGUAAUGUAACCAUACCUUUCCUAUAGCUUGCAGCUAAGCUUGUAACGUAAUUUCUAGGUCGAGCUUUCUAGAUUCUCCAGCUGUGUACAUUUAAAUGCCCUUAUACCUGCAAGAAAAUGAUAGCAUCCCCUGUGCUCAUAUUGUUUUAAAACUGGACCUAAGUAAUAACCCGUUUUAUUCAUGCGGAACGUCAGUGAUAGCUAAAUACACAUUUCGCAAGAAAAGACACCAUAAACGUUAUAUGCAUCUACAUUAUAACCUUCUUAAUGGAAUGUUGCUUAAGACACACACACACACACACACACACAUACACACACACACACACACACACACACACACACACACAUACACACACAAAAUGCAUAUAUGAAUGGUUUCGUUUUUAGUGCUGGACUUGGCUUGAUAAGACAAAGGAUACAGUUAAUAAGAACACUAGGGCAUAAGGGCUUAAAUUAAUAAAAAAAUAUAUUUCCUAACAUAUCAGCUAAUUAUUGAUAACUGCGUGUUAUGUAUUUAUUGCACACUGAUUUACAAUUUUCACAUUUUGAAGUUUAGAUAUAAGUAAAGGUUUUUAACCAAAAAAAAAACUGUUAUCUUCCUGCAGUGCAAAGGCUAUCACACAGUAAGAGCUUUGUUGAGUCCUGUUGGGUUCUUCUGAUUCUGCCCCCGCUUAAAAACAUCCAUCACAAAUGGAAAGGCUCAUUUGGCUUCAAUGGUGUAUUCUGAAAGAAACCGUGAAUUAUACUCCCACGUCCUCCCUUAGACUGCCUAACAGAAAAAAAAUGUAACAUCGUUUGGAAACUUCAGAAGCAUAAUAAUUUGCUGUAAACGCAGAAAUCAUUUCUACAAUAAAUUAAUCGCAAUAAACCAC